CUUAUCGACUUCGACUUCGACAACACCUGCCUCGACGUCAGACUGUCGUCUUCGGGAUUCACAUUGUUGAUUAAUCAAGCUACAUUUAGCCUUUUCGAAGGUAUACCGGAAGUUCUAUUCAUUGAGGACCGGCUACAACACUGCGCAAGACUACCUUUUACUGGAGGUGGAUAUGUUAGGCGCGGUCAAGGUGGAUUUUGGAGGGAUUGUGUCUUGCGCUAUGCUGCAGAGCGCACAACCCAUCACACGCCACGCCACCUGCACCUAUGUUGAUGCCCGCCACCUCACUGCAUCCCCUCUCACUCGCUUGCUGUUCUUGCCGGCUGGCUUUUGCUGGCUCGCUUGCCAUGUCUCACUCGCCCACUGUCUCUCACCCUCUGUCUCUCGCCCGUUGUCUCUCACCCCGCUGGACGCGACCCAAUCUUUCAAUACGAUGAGAGUUUUUGGAGGCUUUGCACAUCGCGCGAUUGAGGACAUCAUUUGGAAGAACUACCAUCAUUUUCGUCCUCUCACCUUUGGGUUUGACGCUUGUGCUUCAGGGCUAUCGCAAACAAUCCUGAAGUCUUCCCCGAACCACACAGGUUUAAUCCUCAGCGUUGGAUUGAGGAUGCAGGUUGCGCGUGAUAAUCUCCGGUUGAUCUCCGGUUUUUCACUUUUGGCUUUGGCCGUCGAGUGUGUCCUCACGAAUUGGUCAGUCUUCAUCAAUACGGCUCUCAUCAUGUGGGCUUUCCACUUUUCGGAGAAUCCUGCGGCCACCAGCAUCACAAUUUUUUCUGAAGCGCCGGCCACGUCAGCAUCUUCAGCAGCUACAGAGGCAGAGGGGUAUGGAGUCAUCAUUAGAGUAGCUACUCAAUGUGUAAACUAGUAUUUCAAUGUUUUGUUUUUCGCGCUUGCCACUGAAAAUUUUCGGGUUCGGUUUGAGUUCGGACCAGAAAAAAACCGAACCGGACCACAGAGAACGGUUCUCUGUGGUCCGGUUCAGGGUUCGAAGAUUUU